UGUGCAAUUAGUUGUAACUGAAAAUGUCUGACAAUCUGGAUAAUGAAGAGAAACCCCCAGCUCCCCCACUGAGGAUGAAUAGUAACAAUCGGGAUUCUUCAGCACUCAACCACAGCUCCAAACCGCUUCCCAUGGCCCCUGAAGAGAAGAAUAAGAAAGCCAGGCUUCGCUCUAUCUUCCCAGGAGGAGGGGAUAAAACCAAUAAGAAGAAAGAGAAAGAACGCCCAGAGAUCUCUCUUCCUUCAGACUUUGAACAUACGAUUCAUGUGGGGUUUGAUGCAGUCACUGGGGAAUUCACUCCAGAUCUCUAUGGCUCACAGAUGUGCCCAGGGAAGCUCCCAGAGGGAAUUCCUGAGCAAUGGGCACGAUUACUCCAAACCUCCAACAUAACAAAACUGGAACAGAAGAAGAACCCACAAGCAGUUCUAGAUGUUCUCAAAUUCUAUGAUUCCAAAGAAACAGUCAACAACCAGAAAUACAUGAGCUUUACAUCAGGAGAUAAAAGUGCACAUGGAUACAUAGCAGCCCAUUCUUCGAGUACAAAAACAGCAUCAGAGCCUCCUUUGGCUCCUCCUGUGUCUGAAGAAGAAGAUGAAGAAGAGGAAGAAGAAGAAGAUGACAAUGAACCCCCACCAGUUAUUGCACCAAGACCUGAGCAUACAAAAUCAAUCUAUACUCGUUCUGUGAUUGAAUCCAUUGCUUCACCAGCAGCACCAAGUAAAGAGGUCACACCACCUUCUGCUGAGAAUGCCAAUUCCAGUACUUUGUAUAGAAAUACAGACCGACAAAGGAAAAAAUCCAAGAUGACAGAUGAGGAGAUUCUAGAGAAGCUGAGAAGUAUUGUGAGUGUUGGUGAUCCAAAGAAAAAAUACACAAGAUUUGAAAAAAUUGGCCAAGGGGCAUCGGGUACUGUCUAUACAGCACUUGACAUUGCAACAGGACAAGAGGUGGCCAUAAAGCAGAUGAACCUUCAACAGCAGCCCAAAAAGGAACUAAUUAUUAAUGAAAUUCUGGUCAUGAGGGAAAAUAAGAACCCCAAUAUUGUUAAUUAUUUAGAUAGCUACUUAGUGGGUGAUGAACUAUGGGUAGUCAUGGAAUACUUGGCUGGUGGCUCUUUGACUGAUGUGGUCACAGAGACCUGUAUGGAUGAAGGGCAGAUAGCAGCUGUCUGCAGAGAGUGCCUCCAAGCUUUGGAUUUCUUACACUCAAACCAAGUGAUCCAUAGAGACAUAAAGAGUGACAAUAUUCUCCUUGGGAUGGAUGGCUCUGUUAAAUUGACUGAUUUUGGGUUCUGUGCCCAGAUCACCCCUGAGCAAAGUAAACGAAGCACUAUGGUGGGAACUCCCUAUUGGAUGGCACCUGAGGUGGUGACUCGGAAAGCUUAUGGUCCGAAAGUUGAUAUCUGGUCUCUGGGGAUUAUGGCAAUUGAAAUGGUGGAAGGUGAACCUCCAUACCUUAAUGAAAAUCCACUCAGGGCAUUAUAUCUGAUAGCUACUAAUGGAACCCCAGAGCUCCAGAAUCCAGAAAGACUGUCGGCUGUAUUCCGUGACUUUUUAAAUCGCUGUCUUGAGAUGGAUGUGGAUAGGCGAGGAUCUGCCAAGGAGCUUUUGCAGCAUCCAUUUUUAAAAUUAGCCAAGCCUCUCUCCAGUCUGACUCCUCUGAUUAUCGCUGCAAAGGAAGCAAUUAAGAACAGCAGCCGCUAGGACUGCAAGCCUUACCCCGCACCAUCUCCCUCAUGAGUAAGACUGAAAACUCUGCUACAGGAAAGAAGGAAGAAAGACAGUCAAAUGGGGUGGGGGUUCUUUAACUUUCCAAUGAAUAGAAACUUCUUAUAAGCCUUUUUCCUACUCCCUAAGAUUAUGUAAUUUAUUUGUAAGCCUGAAUCGCAGCCCAAACAGGGCAGCAAUGUCAAAGUGGCCAUAAAGUGGUCACUUCUACCGUGAAGCGAAAGAGCCAGUAGUGAAUCCCCUCAUUUUGUGCAUUCACUUUGAAGAAAAACGUUUCUCAAAGGUGCACACUCCCUCUUCAUAGUGUUGUGUUUGUUUUUAAGUUAGAGAGUAGUCCCUCUUGCAUUCAAACCUCUUUCAAAGCUCCUUACCCAAUGUGAUGUUUUUCACUUGCAUUGUCAUUAGAUGUCCAGAAAAAAGAUGUCAAAAAUGUGUUUGUUUUUUUUUAAAAAAAAGAAAGCAAAAAAUAAAAUAAAAACAAAAAAAACAAGCAAAUGAACAAAAAAAGAGCAAGUACUGUGUGAAUAUGUGGAAGUCCAUGCCCUAAUAGAAUUGCAAUUUUUUAUUCUUCUUCUGCAGUGGUGGCUUGGUUUGUGUACCUGUUUUUCUGCACUUGCACUGGAAAAGGUUUCUUUUAAGAUACUUUCCAAAAGCAAGGAGCAAUAUAUGUGUUCAGAAAAGGCUUUAAAAACUUUAUAAAUAAAGCUCCGAUGGUGAAAUCCUGUCACAUUUUCAUGAUGAUGCUUAAGAGGCAGUUAAUUUAUCAUUUAUGUAAAUCAGCUUGUGCAACUUCAUGAUAUGUGAAAAAGGACAUACCAAAACUGUGGGACUCCUGAUGAGUGAGUGAGUCCAGGUCCCGAACCUAGGAAAUCCUCAUAGGAGAAACCAUACUUAAACCAAGAUGGGACGCUAACCAAGAGCCAAAAGGAAAAUAAGUAUGAAGUACUGAAAUUCUUGAUGGACAGUAAGUAAACAAAAUUUAAAAAUACCUAAUUGAGCCCUUUCUUGUGCAUAUGAAAUAUAUGCACUUAAAAUAGACACAUCAGGGGGAAACAAACCCAUUAACUAACAUUUGCUUAGGAUAAAAGAUGUUUAUUUUGACAAUUUAUAACAUCUUAAAAUUUAAAAUGAUCUGGAGAACAAAGAUUUUUUUUGUAAGUAUUCAACUCUGUAAGAAAUGGGAGGUCAGUGAAAACUAUAUCCCAAUCAACAUUUGGCUAUAAGUACUUGUUUCAAUUUUCUUUAUAGACCACCAAUUUCUGUUUCAGCAUAUAGUGUGUUCAUGCUUAGUGUUUUGGGCUUUUGAAUUUCAGAAACAUGCUCAUAAAGACUUGGAAGUUCUCCAGUGAAAAUAAUUCGGGUGUGCAAUCAUAUACCCCAAGAAAUAUAAGUCCAACUGAAUUCCUUUUGUGGCUUGGAGAAAACAUAAAAAUUUGACUACUAUUUCACCAUGUAUCUAUUUAUUUAAAAAUCAACAGUUGGCACUGCUUGAAUCUUCUGUGAGUAGAAAAAUAUCUAGAGGAUAUCUGCAUAGAAAAGGAUAUGCUUCUCUUUUGAAAGAAUUGUCAAAUUUUAUAAAUUCUGCAAAGUUGUUUCUCGAAGCCUUUGAAAAGCUAACCGUUUGUGUUUUAGAAAGCUUCUUGAUUAGUAGUACAUCUGAAUAGAACCUAUCCACAUUAAGCAGGAGGGGGAAAGAGGUCAAUGCCUUGGACCUCUCUCCUUCUCUGCUGAGAUACAUCCAUCCAUCUAACCAUCCAUUUAUUCCUUAUAAUGAAAGUACUUUCAUUAGAGAGUUUCUGCUAACCAUAUAGUGCAUAUUUAUGUUUAGGUGAUGACACCACUGGUGGAUUUCCUAUUUUCUUAUUGUUUUCUUUAACUAUAAAAUUUGGGAGGGGCUUGAACCCCCACCCCAGAAAUGUCCACAGUGGGAUGAAUGGGAUAAAAUAACAAAUGUGAAAAGAAAAUCAAAUGGAAAUAUUAAUUUGAAGCAUACCACAUUAUCUUGAAAAAAUAUGGCUGGGCCUGAAUAUUUUAAUGCCACACUGUCCUAAUGAGAGAAAGGGGACUGUUAAUUUUUAUUUCAUUUAAAAUUAAGUAUUUGAAUAUUUUUUUCAUUCAUAGUGUCAGGGAAUUCAAUGAAAUAAUACCUGGGAUGCAAAAAGAAUUUAGUACAUUUGAUAACUAUACCCUGCCAAUGGAGAGAGCCUCAAACCUGGUUGGGGAUUCCUACUAGGUAGUUGUCAACUAACAUCGUUUUUAUAUCAUAAAGGCCUUUUUUUUCGGGGGAAGACUUGGAGCAGUGAUUCUUCAUAUCACUGUAGGCAGAGAAAUGGCUGCUCUUUUAUGCUUUCAAUUCAGCAUAUUAACCAUGAGAAGCCAACUACUUUAUCACAUCCCACUAUACCAAGAUUUUCUAAUAUAUCCCAAUAGGCUUUACUCUUACAAAUUUAUAUCUAUGUCAAAUUUAAAAUAAAAAGUUUCUAAAGUCCCUUCCCCCAUUGGAGAGUUAUGUAUAUUUCUAAUAAUUAUUAAGAGAGAAGCUGAAAAUGAUGCUGAAGAAUUCACAUUUGGUACACUUGAACAACUUGGAUUCCAGAUGGUUCAUAGUUUAUUCCAUUUCCCUGGAUUUUUUUAAAGCUCAUCUUGACACAGGUGAGUCUAUCCAGAUCUUUGAGAUUGAAAAUGUGCCCUGGAAUAAUGAGGGCAUAUGAUCAAAUGUUGAUUCCAAAAUGUCCUGAGAUUGGAAUAGGGCAGUGGGAAAGUCAGGGAAGGGUGUGAAGCACAGUAAAGAUUAUUUAUUUAAGAAAGAAAGAAAAAAACAAUGUAACAAGGAUCCGGUGCGUUGUCAUAAUCCCAUGAGGAUUUUUGGAUGACACAAUCUCCUCAAAUCAGUCACCAUGUUGGGUAAUGACUUCGUUCUUGCUGAUCUCCUUUAUGUGUCAUUGUAAAUAUUUGUGUGUCCAUGUUACAUUUUGGCUACUGGAUGGCCAAGUCAUAUAAUAAGAUUUAAUUCAAGUAAUUAUUCUUUAACUGUGUUAUUCAGAUUUCUUUCAGGCUUGUGAAUUGCAACCCAUCAUUUGAGUUUAACCACCUGAUCCCUACAUCUAUCCUUCCCCUAUGAAGCACAUUCCAUUGCUAAAAGAAAAAGAAAUAUGAAAUUGCUUCCUGUUGUCUGUAUAAAUGUUUUGAUAGUUUGAGAAGUUUGUCUAUAAAUAAUAUUUCUCAGCUCAAAAAUUGUGUAAAUAAUUAUAUUACAUUGCUCAAUGGGUUGUUUAUUUCUAAAGGCUGCCAGUUCUCAGAGAGAAUCUAUAAAUCACUUUUAAAUAACAUAAACAGGGAUUACAACUAUGUAAAAAUAAGUGUGCAUAUGGAUAAAGACUGGGAACACAGAUAAUUGAAAUCAGUUGUGUUAGGGUGGUGGGAUUAUGCAACAUCAUUUUUCUUUUAAAAUGUUUCUUUGAUAUUAUUAUAAUAUUGCUUUAUAAUAAAUAAACAUCAGAAAGGGGACAAUAGAAAAAUAGAAAAGAUGCCGGAAACAAAUGCCUUCUGGCCAGAGCCCAGAGCAUGCAGGGCACAGAUGUUUUAUAGUUACAAUUAUUCCAUAGGCUUUAUAUUUGCUUGAGUGCUGAAGUUGGCCCAUGCUUGGGUAUAGCACCUGCUCUCUUAGGGGACUAUUAUCUAUAAUAUAAGUUAAAGCUAGGGAGAUGUUGCUAUUAGAACUCUAAACACAUCCUUCUGCUUUAAACCAGGCUGUCCUCCACUUUGGUAUGUCAUCAAGGUUUCUGUUUUGGUUACUUUAAUUGGAUAGGUGACAUUUGAUUAGCCCCCUUGAUCAUAUGUGUUUUAGGUAUCACCCUUCUGGAUCAUUUUAGAAGAGUUUCAGGUUGAAUUUUGGAAGAAGAGAAAGAUAAAAUUUCCAAGUCCCACUUUCUUUUCUGACAUGAUAUUAUAUCAUACAGUUAAGAUUCUUCUUUUAAUGACCAGUAGGCAAUUCUCAUUGAUUUAACUAGAAGUUAUUAUGACUUGCAAUUAAAAGCUGAAUAUGAAAACAUUAAGAGAAAUAUUUAGAACUAAUUUUGCCUGUUGGCAUUCAGUCACAGUCCUGCUAGCAUUGGCUUGAGAUGGCCUCCAUGUACUUUCUGUACUGCCUGAUUAUAGGUUGUAUACAGUGGUUGUCAUUGUUAAAGAGAAAAGGGAGACUAUCUACCAAAAGUGGGGAAUUUCCUUGUAACUCACCAAAGAAAUUUUAGGUGAGGACUUUCAUAGUGAGGAAGUGGCCUCAGAUGCUACUCAGUUUCACCAAGUGCAGACCCUGUACUUAGAGAAUCCACAGGCUUUUCAUUGAACAUUCUCAACAUAAAAAUGUGUAUGGAAGUCUUAACCUUGGCAUCCCCAGUUGAGUCUCAUGGUCCUUUUCUGAGCUACUUGCAGUUAAUAUUCAGUUAAAUAAAGGCAUGGCCAGUGAUGCAAGCUUCUCCUAGUUUCUGAGCAAGAGGACUGCAUUUCAGCAUUUGUAAAUUGACAGUCUAAUAGGCCUUGGAUUUUAAGUGAACUUAACACACAAUUCUGAACAUAUAUUUGCAUGUGGAUUGGGAAGAAAAUAAAUGGGGUCAUGGAAAUAUUUUUCAAAAAAAAAUAUUUUUUUCUUGAGAUUUGUUUAUGAUAUAAUUGUUUAUUUGGUUAGCUUUAACUUUUUUCUCUUCUUUUCUGAUCCCACAUUAUUUUAGUAACUAAAUAAAUAUAACCUAACUCCUCACUCAUUGGGAAUGCCUGUUUAAUAUUAAACAAUAUCCAACCAAAUCUGCAAAUUCAGGAACCGAUAUAUCACCUCCAUGUGCACACUUCUGUGUACAAGUAUACUGUGCUACAGUUAAUAUUUACUACUAUGUAAUAUAGUCGAACUUACAAGAUAAACUUAUAGAAGCUGGUUAGUGCCAUCAAAGUCUCUGGAAGCUACCAUCAGGUGAAUGCUAUCUCAUAAUACCAACAGUUAUGCAGAUACCAUGUUCACCUGAUUUAGUACCUAAGAGGAAAUCAACAGCAGUUAUAGAAAAUGUCAGAUGUAAUGAAAGGAGUGUUAGUCUAGGAGUAAGGAGACCUGGAUUCUACUAUAGGCUCUAUUACUAAUUUACCAUGUGACCUUGGGCAAGUCACUUAACAUUUUUGUGGCUGUUUCCUUAUCUAUACAUUAAGAGUAUUGGACUGGCUGAUCUCCAAGGUCUUUCCAAAAGUUGUAGCAUUCUGUGAUAUUAUAGUUUGCCUUACAAAUUCAACCUGCUUAAGGUGAUGGUAAAUAUCACAUGUUUAAGCCUGGGUCUCUUAUGUGACAUUUAAACAAUAGCACUAUGAAAGAUGAAAAAAAAACUCAAGUAAAUGAAGGUAAUAUUACUAGGGAAUGUUGAUAAAGCUUGUGACAGCCUUCCAAUUCCUUCACAGUUGUUUUGUUCUUUUUUUAGUUUUAAUGUCCUUUUACUUAUUGAGUGUUCCCAGUUUCAUUUUACAUAUACUCUCUAUGUAAAGUCUAGUUUUCAUUAAGCGAUACCCAAUAUUUGCAACUAGAACAAAAAUACACUGUCACACUUGCUAGAAUAGAACUAUACUUGAGCCUCUUCUUUCCUAUGAAGCAGUGCUGGAUUUUAUAGAAUUUACUUCAUAAAUGGCACAAGAUGGCAGAACCCAUGUAUUAUAAUGGUUGGGACUAGUACUAAGAUUGGACCUACACACUUGCAGGUUGCAAAGAGAGAAAUAAAAAAGUAAUUACAUGCUAUUAACAUUAAAGAAUGUUGAUAAAUCCACUUGUUGGGAACCAAAGAUAGCAUUUCUGAUUAUAAUUCCCAUAAUGAUUGGCCAGUUAUUUAAACAUGCUGCUGGAAAGAGGAUAAAAUGGAAGUUAGUGAAUGGUCCCAAUUCCCUGCCUACAGUAGAGUGCCAACCAGCCCUCAGUGGGAAAUUCGAGUUCAAUGUGUGUGCUUGUGUGUGGUGUGCUUUUUGGACCACAUAUACUAUAUUAUUCACUAAGGAUGGUAAAAUCUUUCACAGAAUCUCAUAACCAUUAGUGAGUUGAGUUUAAAUCCCAGUACAUUAGCAAGGAGGAGUCAGAUCAUAGGGUACUGAUGUCUACUGGGAAUAUUCUCAUAAUAUCCAAACAAAGCAAGUUGAGGAGGACCUACAUUUUCAUUAUUUAUCAGAAUUGUAUCUCAUUUGGCUGUGCAUUACUUUUCUUAAAAUGUUAUCUGUAAACCCAUGUGUAGUGAAAUUCUUCUGUAACUUUGGAUUAAAGGUAUUUAUGGUCUUUUUGUUUGUUUGAUUUUUAAGUAAUUUAUUUCUUUUGUAGACCUGCUGAUGUAAUGAUUCCAUCCUUCUGACCUCAGCAUUUAAUAUUUUUAAGCACUUUUGUUUCCAAUAUUGUUAUUUUAAAUGUGGUUGAAGCAAUAGAAAAUUGAAAUAUGGAUUGUGCAUGACUGUGUCUUGAGUGUAAAAAUAUUGCAGUUUGAAACUUGGACCUAAAGUAUUGCAAAUAAAAAUGACAAACAUCAA